UUCUCAACGUGUUACGUGACUGCGUUGCUGAAUGUGACAUCCUCCAUGCGAUUCACACUCCGUACCUACACAUAACCGCGAACGCCUUAGCUGCGGACGUCAUUGCCUUCAACAGCAUGAAUCUGGUAUACUUUAGCAACGAGUAUCCCAGGGGAGAACUUCAAGAUACGUUCCGUCGAUUGCACAACCUCUCCAAGGACCCGGCGCAGAUAUGCCUGCACCACUUUCUUCGACAGGCGAGCGAAGCCGUGAAAGAUGAGAUCAAGCGUCUACCUACAGAAGAGAAAGAUUGUGUACCUCCAUUUGAUGACCUCUUGCGAUGGGGAGACGAACCGGAGUUCCGAGAAGGACCUCUCUGCGGCGCCAUAGAGGGCACUUUGCUUGUUUUUCUGCAAAUGGCAACGCUGAUUGGAUAUCUGAGCGCAAAUCCUGAGCGACUGAAAGACUUACAGACUGCCGCCCUAACGGCUCUAGGUACAGGCUUGUUGACCGCAGCAGGGUUGGCUACGUCCGCUACACUUGCCGACCUCCCUGGAGCUGGUGCUGAUGCUGUCCGUCUCGCAUUCCGACUCGGUAUUCACGUGAAGCGGGUGUCCAACAAUCUAGAAUCAUAUGCUGAGGAUCCAGAUACAUGGGCGUACGUCGUUCAUAAAGUCGACCCAACACUGGCACAGGAGACUUUAGACGACUUCAACCACAGAAUUCAGGCAUCUGUUCCGAACUACCUCUUCCUCAGCGCUUUCUCGCCAACUUCCAUCACAGUCAGUGGUCCUCCCGCUCGACUUCGAUCUCUCUUCAAUCGAAGUGAGCUUUUCCGAACCUCGCAAUACAUUCCUUUGCCGGUAUACGGUGGUCUCUGCCACGCUCCGCACGUCUAUGACUUGCGGGAUAUCGCCAGCGUAGUUCAUGGUCCCACUGCAUUGAAUGUGCCAAGCUCACCAGUGAGCGCCAUCUGGUCUCCAAGCACCGGCUCUCCAUAUGAUGUGGCUACUGCGACUGACCUUUGGGAGAAUGUCAUUUGUGAGCUGCUCACGAAGGCUAUCACAUUCGAUCGUGUGGUCGAGAGUGUCGUGGAAAAGGCGCAAGAAGACUCGCAGCAAGAUCUAACAGGAGUGGCGUACUGCUUCGGCAACUCCAUACCUCUCAACGACAUGAUCACAGCUCUGAGUGCCGGGUCCGGAUCCAAAUUGCCCACAGUAGACCUCAUGUCAUGGCUUGGCAAAACCAGUGUCACCAGUUCUGCGUCACAUUCUCUCGGACCAUCACAGUGCAAGCUUGCCAUCGUAGGCAUGUCCUGCCGUCUUCCUGGUGGAGCCACCGACAAUGAAGGCUUCUGGAAGAUCUUAGAAGAGGGUCUCGACGUUUCCAGGCGUAUACCUGCCGAUCGAUUUGACAUUGACAGCCACCACGACCCCACCGGCAAGCAGCUGAACAAGACCAAGACUGCAUAUGGCUGUUUUCUUGACGAACCAGGAGCAUUUGACGCAUCCUUCUUCCAGAUGUCUCCUCGCGAAGCUGAGGUUGUGGAUCCACAGAUGCGUCUAAUGCUCGUCACAGCCUACGAAGCUCUAGAAAUGUCCGGCUACGCUGGCACUGGUCGGACCCCAUCGACUGCUAGCGAACGCAUUGGCACUUACUAUGGCCAGUCGGCCGAUGACUACCGUGAAGUCAAUCAAGGCCAGAAGGUUGGUACUUACUACAUCCCUGGUGGAUGUCGGGCUUUCGGACCUGGCCGUAUUAACUACUUUUUCAAAUUCGCAGGACCCAGCUACAGCAUCGACACAGCCUGCUCGUCUGGGCUCGCAGCAAUUGAGGUCGCGUGUAAGGCCAUCUGGAAUGGCGACGUGGACACAGUACUUACUGGAGGCGUGAAUGUUCUCACCAAUCCGGACGGCUUUACUGGGCUUUCUCAAGGUCACUUCUUGACCACAGGUCAUAAUGCCUGCAAGACAUGGGAUGCUACUGCUGACGGUUACUGUCGUGCAGAAGGCAUUGUCUCACUCGUUAUCAAACGCCUGGAAGACGCCGAAGCAGAUAAUGACAAUGUCCUCGGCGUCAUCUUGGGAGCAGGCACCAAUCAUUCCGCAGAGGCUGUGUCAAUCACGCACCCUCAUGCCGGCCACCAAGAAUAUCUUGCCCGCCAAGUCCUUCACCAGGCGGGAGUGGAUCCUAUUGAUAUCUCCUACGUGGAGCUUCACGGAACCGGAACACAAGCCGGUGACCAUGAAGAAGUCCAAGGUAUACUGAACGUAUAUGCGCCCAAUAUCAAGAAACGUCGCAAGAAGGAUCAACCUCUUCACAUCGGGGCGGUCAAGUCAAACGUCGGUCAUGGAGAGUCGGUGGCUGGUGCAACCGCUCUUGCGAAACUCCUCCUAAUGCUCCAGAAGGAGAGCAUACCGCGCCAUAUUGGCAUCAAAACCGAAAUCAACCCACGUCUGCCGACUGAUUUCGAUCAGCGCAAUGUCCACAUACCAUUCUCGAUGACGCCUUGGCCAAGGGUGGAAGGCAAGAAACGUCUUGCAGCAAUUAACAACUUCGGUGCUGCAGGUGGCAACACAACCAUGAUCCUCGAAGAAGCUCCCUUCCGUAGUGCGACCACAGACCUUGACCCGCGUGGAGCCCACGUAGUGACCGUCUCAGCCAAGAGCAAGACUUCGCUGCGCGGGAAUAUUGAGCGUCUACUCGCAUAUAUUGACAAUCCCUCCAACGCGGAGAUGAGACUUGCCGACCUUGCAUACACGACAACAGCACGCCGAUAUCAGCAUACCAACAGAGUGGCUGUCACAGGAGCCUCCAUUCCCCAGGUUCGGAAGAAACUGGUAUCACUGCUGGACGGUGACCACAUUGAAAACAUCAAGCCUGUCGCCAAACAGCAAAGCCCGUCGAUAGUGUUUGCAUUCACAGGCCAAGGAGCCUCUCUGAAGUCCUCAAACCUGGAACUUUACCGCGACUCGCAAGUCUUCCGCGAUCAAAUUGCCCAGCUUGAUCGGAUCGCUCAAAGUCAAGGAUUCGAAUCAUUCAUUCCAGCCAUAGACGGCUCACAUCCCGCAGACUAUACUGGACAUUCACCGGUUGUCACUCAACUAGCAUUAGUCUGUACGGAGAUUGCUCUUGCUCGAUACUGGUCAUCACUUGGUGUCAAUCCCGAUGCAGUUAUUGGCCACAGUCUCGGCGAAUACGCAGCAAUGCACAUUGGUGGCGUGCUAUCAGCCAACGAUACUAUCUAUCUCGUUGGUAAACGGGCACAGCUACUCCAAGAAAAGUGCCAAGUCGGCAGCCAUGUUAUGAUGGCAGUCAGAGCGGAUCGAGAACAGAUCAAGCAGGCUGCGAAUGGAGAGCCAUACGAAGUAGCUUGUGUCAAUGGUCCCUCCGACACCGUCCUGAGCGGGACACAAAGUGAGAUGGACAAGCUUGCUGAAAUUCUUGGUGCUGCUGGGUACAGAUGCAUCAAGCUUGACGUCGCCUUUGCUUUCCAUUCCGCGCAAACAGACCCUAUUCUUAAUGACUUUGAGGCUCUUGCUAAGUCGAGUGUCAUCUUCCGCGAACCAACGAUGCCCAUCAUAUCUCCUCUCCUGGGCCGAGUAGUGUUCGAUGGCAAGACCCUCAAUGCAGAAUACCUCCGCCGCUCGACACGCGAGACCGUUGACUUCCUGUCGGCUUUGAGAAAUGCCCAAUCUAUGUCUACAGUCGAUGAUGAAACAACAUGGCUCGAAAUUGGUCCCCAUCCGGUUUGUGUCGGCUUCAUCAAAUCUACGUUCGCACCCGAGAAGCCACUUACAAUUGCAUCGAUGCGCCGUGGAGAGGACAACUGGUCGACUGUCAGCGAUGGCUUGGCUGCCAUGCACCUGGCUGGCGUCACCAUAGACUGGAACGAAUUCCAUCGACCGUUUGAACGUGAUGGUCGACUACGCCUCCUCACCCUACCAACAUACGCCUGGAAUGAGAAGAACUACUGGCUACAAUACAACGGAGAUUGGUGUCUGACCAAAGGCAACGAUUUCUACGCGACGAUGAAGCCAGCUGCUUCGACCCAACAGAGCGGAAAUGUCAGCUCUUUCCGCACUUCAUUGGUACAGAACAUCAUUGAUGAGGAAUUCACUGAUGUCACUGGAUCCGUUGUCAUGCGAUCUGAUCUCAUGGAACCCGACUUUCUUGCUGCUGCUCACGGACAUCGCAUGAACAAUUGUGGUGUUGUCACAUCUUCAAUUCACGCUGAUAUAUCAUAUACACUCGCUACUUACAUUUACAAGAAGCUGCAUCCUGGAGCCAAAGAUGCUCCAUUGAUGAACAUUACCAACAUGGCCGUGACCAAGGGCCUGGUAGCCCGAUCGAACACCAGUCUCCCACAACUCAUCCAGGUCACUGCUGAGACGCAAGGCGCUUGGCAAAACGGAGUCACGUUGACCUGGCAGAACGUGGAAGAAGACAACAACAACGAAGUUUCUGAGCCAUUCGCUACGGCCACCGUGACUUUUGAGGAUAACUCAGCCGCACUUCGCUCCUGGUCAUCUCUCACACACCUGGUGCUUGACAGAAUGGAGACCUUAGACCGUCUGGCCCUCGAAGGUCAAGCGAAUCGUCUGUCUCGCAACAUGGCCUACAACUUAUUCGGUAGCAACCUCGUCAACUACGCCGACAAAUACCGAGGAAUGCAAUCCGUAGUGAUCAACGGCCUAGAAGGCUACGCCGACGUCCAACUAACAACACAAUCAACAAGCGGAACUUGGACCGUACCACCAUACUUCAUCGACAGCGUCGCACAUCUCGCAGGUUUCAUCAUGAACUGCUCCGACGCUAUGGAUACUCAAAAGAACUACUGCGUAACACCAGGCUGGAAAUCAAUGCGAUUCGCCAAGCCCCUCGUCGCUGGAGGCCGCUACAGAUCCUACGUCCGAAUGAUCCAAAGAGAAGGUGGCGGCUAUUUCGGCGAUGUCUACAUUUUCCAAGGAGAUGAAAUCAUGGGCAUGGUCGGAGACAUUGAAUUCCACAGCUAUCCUCGUAUCCUCCUGGAUCGAUUCUUCUCUCCACCAGACAAGGCUUCCACGAGCCAUAGGGCUCCGACACGAACCGUCAUGCCACCAACACCAUCCUUAACCAGCUCCUCAAGCUCCGAAUCUCUACGCGAGUCACCGACCCCACCAUCUACAAAGAGUCAUCAAGCUCCUUCGAAACUCCCCACGAACAUGCCGAAUGCUACACCAGCGCCGCCAAAGCAAAAAGCUCAGCCUGCGGUGGCGGUCGCUGUGGUCGCCCCAGUAUCGCAAGGAGGUGGUGUAACAAGCAAAGCAAUCCAACUCAUCAUCGACGAAACGGGCCUCGACUCCACAGCUCUACGCGACGACGUGAGUUUCAUGGACGUAGGAAUCGAUUCUCUAAUGUCACUCGUCGUUUCCGAGAAAUUAAAAUCAGAAUUGGAUGUCCAGGUGAAUGGGAGUUUGUUUUUGGAUUAUCCAACGAUAGGAGAUUUGAGGGCGUGGUUGGAGGAGCAGUAUGAUUGA